AUGAGGACUGUUUUACUCGGGAUAUUUAUUCUCUUUAAAGGAGCAAUUUGCACGUCUGAGUACAACUUUAACGACGUGAUCAGACACUUUGCUGUGGGAAACGGUAAGGUGUUUGUUGUUACCGACUCUCAGCUCCACCAAAUGCGGCACGAUCUCGCAGUGGAGAAGAUUAAAGUCAUAUCAAACACCACGCACCAGAACGCAGUGAACAUCUUGUUGCCUUUCGAGGCGAACGGAACUCUGAUCACAUGCGGCACUUUGAACUGCGGAUACUGCGAGGUCCUGGAUAUAAAUGAUAUAACACGAACUAUCUACAGGGAGAACUUGACGGUUGGACCGCUUGUGAAGGAAUCAUCCGUUGUGUUCCUUGUCGAUUAUCCAGGCGACAGUAAUGGCACAUACAUGUUGGUGGGGAGAGAGAAUAAUGAUGACACGAAAACGUGUACCGAUGUCGGUGUGACAUUGCACAACACUCUCUACACUCAGCAUGGUGAUAUUUUUUCUAGAUCAGACUUCUCUUCUACAGCUGAUGCCUACAUUAACAUUCCUGGUGUUGAGUGGGUAGACGGUUUCCAGGUAUCUUCACAGUUUCAGUCCUACCUCUUCGCCAACAUUAUUUCAACCAGCAAAAUAAAAGUGGUUUUCUUUAAGAUGGAUAACAACCAGAAAAAAACAGAAAUGACGAAAUCUCUGAAAGUUGCAACUUUACGCUGCUGUGAUGACCAACUUCGCCGAAAACUUGUGUCCUCUGCCUUUAUCUCGUCGGAGUCUUCUCUUUUAUGGAUGGGAAUAUUCACUGCAGAGCGUCCAGACCACCCUGAGAACACUGUGUUGGCUAUUUACAACAUUACUGCCAGCAGACCAGUGAAUCCUCCUGAAGAAAUCAAAUGCAGACCAGCCUGUCCCAGACCAACACAGAAUAACGAGGCUGUUGUAGAUCCCCUUGCUGUGGUAUUCAAACACAAUUCAAUGACAUCUGUGGCAGCGAAAAGUAAAGGGUCUUGGAUUGUGCUGUACAUCGGAACUGCAAAUGGCCAACUGAUAAAGCUUGUACUGGACACAGAUUACAGGUCUGGCUGUGCAAAAGUACUAUACAGAUCUGAUGAUGACAGGAUGGUGUUUCCCAGAAUGUACUUUGACCCAGUGGAUCAUAAUUACAUCUACAUAGCUUUGAGAAAUCAGAUUAAACGUGUUGCAGUGACUCAGUGUGGUAUGUAUGGCACUUUAAGAGACUGCAUUGGCAGCAUGGACCCUUUCUGUGGAUGGUGUGGGGUCACAAAAAGAUGCUGUUUGCAGAAGGAGUGUACAGCACCAUCUUGGAUCUCCAUUGCUAAAGAUUCUUUUCAGAAAGAGCUGAUUUCCUUUCAGGUUAUUUCUUUGAUCCCUGGAGAGAUCAAUCUGACUGUACACCUGCACCUGGAGGCCACAGAAAGUCUUCCUUUAACAUGUACAUUCAAGGCAGGAAGUGUGGAUCUGUGUACUAGCCCAGUUGCACACUUUCCCAGCUGCUCCUGCAAUUUCCCUGAAAAGCACCUGUCUUCUGAUAGACUCAAAGUCACAGUGACAGUCAAUAUUAGUGAUCAGAUCUUCACAGACAGCCUGACACUGAGGAGCUGCCCAAAUAUCACAGAGAAUACACAAUCAGAUGCUCAGUGCACAGCCUGUGUCUCAGCUGGGUGUUAUUGGAAUAACAGUAACAUGAAGUGUACCUGGACUCCUAAAUCUGCACCAUAUGUACACAUACAGGACAUAUGCAAGCAGUCUUCCUCUGAGAAAAACAACAUGCCAGAGAUCCUAGCUCUGUGGCCUAAUGAAGUCUCCUUUCAUGGCAAAAACAAUGCAGUGAUUAAGGGGAAAAAUCUGGAGCUGGUUGAGAGAAUUCGCUUCCAAGGUUUUAUGGACUGCAGUUUAAAGGAGACACCAGUGUUGGAGCGCUCUAAUGACACACUGAGGUUCCACAUUCCCAGUGGAAACAAAGAAACCGUGAGGGUGUGUGUGGUGACAGCAGGUGGACGUUGUUACAGUAAUGCCACCGUUACAUAUAUUUCCCAGCCCACCUGUACUGAACUGCAGCCUGGAGUCACCUGGUCCAGUGGUGAGAGGAAGAUUCAAGUGUUGGGGAGCAAAUUAGAGAUUGUGGAUACAGUCACUAUUGAUACAUUUCCCAACGAGAUCAUCCUAAAGUCAUACGACAAGAGCUUUUGGUUUCACACUCAUAAGCAGAGAGACUUCAGAGCUACUGGGCCAUUUACUGUCUCUCUAAGGGUGGUGAACUCAACAGUGGCCUGUUUAGGUACACUCUCUUACCAUCCAGACCCAGAAUUCACCAGCUUCACUACCUCUAAGGUGGUCAAUGAUGUGCUGGUCACCAUACAGAAAAAGGAAGACAGAUUGAAUUUGACUGAAGAGGAGCUAACGGUGUGGGGCAUACAGGAAGAAAAGCAGUUUGAGUGUAAAAUAGUGGAAUUUAAGUCCAGUGCUGUGAUCUGUAAGAUUUCAGGAGAUAAGGAUGGUGAAAUCAAGGUGGACUCACUCAGGAUUAGACUUGUCAAUGUUACUGAAACUGUACUGAAGACACCGGGGGCUGCGUAUCCAUUUAUACUUCUCGCAUUAAUCAUUUUGAUUGUUCUUGGUGCUGUUGCUGGGGUAUUUAUCCACCGUAAGAGCCAACGGCAGAUGAAUGCACAUCUGGAACCGAUGCAGAAUGAGAUCAGAAAUGAGAUCAGACAAGCAAGCCAGAGGUGACUGGGACAAGGAAAAACUCCCUGAGAUGAUAUGAGGAAGAAACCUUGAGAGGAACCAGAUUCAAAAGGGAACCCAUCCUCAUCUGGGUAACAACGGAUAGUGUGAUUAUAAAUAAAUCCCUUCUAUAACUGUGUGCUACAUGAUAAAACAACAUGAUGAAACAUCAGUUACAGUCCAGUUCCAUCUCCAUGGCUUCCCAGUGUCCCUAGGCUGUCAAUAUGGGGUCAUCCUCAGCAACAGUGAAUACCUGCCGACAACUGACUACUCAACCGACAGUUUUUAAUAUUGAUACUGAAUGAAAACUUUUUUAUUACAAAUGUACUUUACACACACACACAUAUAUAUACACACACACAUUAUAUUUUAUAUAUAUAUAUAUAUAUAUAUAUAUAUACACAUACACACACACACACACGUAUAUAAAUUUCCUUUCAUUAAUACAUAUUGAAGUAAAUAAAAUAUAUACAUCUAAACUGAACCAAAAAUAACACUCCUAAUAAACACCACGAGGCUUCAGUGCUUUCUUUCAUUUCUUUUCUUUUAUGUACUGUAUAAUGACAGUGGACGCUUCUCAACCGCUCCGGGAAAAACUAUCGGUGUGGAUUUUUGCCAGUAACCGAUAGUUCCAGUAAUCGGUUAUCUGUGCCGAUUAAUCGGCAAAACCGUUAAGAGAGUCAGAAAUGCGAGAUGUACCACAUUACAAAUAUUUGAGAAAAAUACACAGACACUUCAACAAAAAGAAUCUUUUUCACCUGUUUUUAGGCGUUUAUCUUCUCCUAUAUGCACAUAGGGGUCAUGCUAUUUCCAAUCAAGACAGAUCUAAAUAAACAAUAAAGUUCCAAUGAACAGUAAAUCUACAUUUUCUCCUCCUCUAACUUGUUCAGUACUCGUAAUACAGAUUAAAUACGUGUGGGACAGAUGCUGUAAACUAUGGAUCUGAUCCAAUGUUAUUUGGGAACAAAGAUCAAGCUGAAUUUUCUCAACAUAAAUGUUGUGUGUAAUUUGUUAUCAGAUUGUCUAGACGUACAUCGCACAUCUGAUAAACGAGAUUUUCUCUCCCGUGCUGUAAUGAUGGCUGGAAACUAGGACUUAAUGGCAUAUACUGUAGAAAGGUCAUAUAGAACAUAGAGAAAUCUCAUUGGGAAUUAAGUCACCUUUCACGUUGCCUUUUAUUAUGAUCACAACCAUACAGUUAUAGUGUUUCUGAGUUUAAUAAUAAGAUUAAUGUUUAGACUUUUUUUGAUGCUGAAGAAGCAAAAAUCUAAGUAACCCUUAACCUUCAGACUGAUGAUUUGCAAUGUCUCAACACGAUGCUUGAAAAGAAAAAUGUAUAACGAACUUGAAAAGGUGGAAAGGGAUUCUAUGAAUUAGUAAAUGGGUAUCUCUCUCUCUUUAUAUCGCCAUUACAGCAGUGUUUAAACAGAUACAUAGCAGACAAAUAUACAUAUAGACAGUUUUAUUUUGUACACGCAUACCAACUUAAUCUUCACCUAUCAUCGUUCCCUGUUAAUAAAAUCUGUCAAUACCUAAUAAAACAGUUUAAGUCACUAACCAAAGUAAGUAUACAAACUGAAGCUAUGAUAAAAGAACAAAAACAAUGAACCUUUCUCAAAGAAAUUCCUAAAUCCUCUGACCAAGUAUAUGGCUGUACCAUCUGUCUAUUAAAUAAAUGCCAGUCCUUCAUGCUGAAAAAGAAGGAUCCGAAUAUAAUACCAGUAGUUUGGCACUGUGACUCAAAAAGUUGUUUUAUAUCUGACAUCUGAAAGCUAACUACUGUUCCCCAACUGCUGUACAAUACUGAUGAUGCUCUUACAGUUAAGAGGGCUGAACGGCAGACCUUGUUAAAUAAUAUUUUAUGUUUCUUCCUCAUAAUGUGUUAUAUUUUAUAAAUAUAUUCUUAUACAUCUUA